AUGCAGUUCUAUUCGGCAGUUCUUGUUGUGAUCGGUAUUGUUGGGGUGUUUGCAAUGGAAAGUGGUGUACAUCAACUGCCAAUUCAGAUGAUCGGUGAUCUUGAGCAGGAUCUACGACCGUUAGUGGUUGAUUCAAACCAGCUGUCUACGGAUGGCUAUAACGCCUACCCCGGCCAGUUCCCGUACUAUGCUCGGUUGUUUACUAUGUUCGAUGGUGCAGGUGGUAUCCUGAAUAUAGGGUCUCUCAUCACACCGAAUUACAUCCUAACGCUUACGCCUAGCAGAAAUUUAAACACUCAAGGAUAUGCAAUUUUGGGUAUCGGCGAUGGUAGCAGCACAGAAACGCAGCAGCGUAUCAACUACUCCCAAGGUGGUUUGCAGCUACAUCCCAUCCACGACAUCGCUACAGUUCGUCUAGAUCAUCCAGUUACCUUCACCAAGUAUGUGCAGCCAAUUCGUUUGCCCAGCCUAUCCGACUCCCGCACGUAUGAGAUGAUGGAAGGUACAAUCGUUUCAGGAUACCUUGAAACAAUUAGAUAUUUGCGUAAUCAGAUAAUGUCGAACGAUGAUUGUCAGAAGGUACAUCCUGAUCGAGUUAUUCAUUCUAACCAUAUUUGCACGAAUGCAUACGUAGGAGGGUCAUUUUGUAGCUCAGUGUUCGGUUCUGGAUUGAUGGUUGAGGAUGAGAAUGGGCCAGUGCUGGUUGGAGCUCUGUUUUCUUAUAACCUAUGUGAACAGACCUAUCCGGUGGUUUAUGAACGUUUAUCUGAGCAUCGUGACUGGAUCAGUAUGAACUCGGACUAUGUGUUUGAUUUUUAA